GAAGAAUGCGCCGUUAGACGGGAAGGCCAAAGAGCAAAUACAACAGGAGGAAGAGGACUUCAAAGCCGGGAAGAUGAGCUCCUGCGGCAACGUCUGCGGGUCCACGCGGGCCCAGGCUACGGCCGAGGCCGGGCACCAGCGCUACGGCGUCCGGUCCUACCUUCACCAGUUCUACGAGGGCUGCACCACCUCCAUCUGGGAGUGUGAGGACGAUUUCCAGAUCCAGAGAUCCCCGAACAGGUGGAGCUCCGUACUCUGGAAGGUCGGACUCACGUCGGGCACGGUCUUCGUGAUUCUCGGACUGACCGUCCUGGCAGUGGGCUUUCUCGUGCCCCCGAAAAUCGAAGCGUUCGGCGAGGCUGACUUCGUGGUGGUUGACGCCCAGGCGGUGCAGUUUAAUGGGGCCCUGGACGCGUGCAAGCUGGCGGGAGCCGUGCUCUUCUGCGUGGGCGGCACGUCCAUGGCCGGGUGCCUGCUGAUGUCGGUGUUCGCCAAGAGCUACUCCAAAGAAGAGAGACUCCUCCAGCAGAGGUUCCAAGAGCGGAUCGCAGACAUCAAGGCCCACGCCCAGCCCGUUACUAAAGCUCCUGGCCCAGGGGAAACCAAGAUCCCGGUCACUCUGUCCAAGGUUCAGAAUGUCCAGCCUCUGUCGGCCACCUGAGUGCCGGCUACACCCGCCCUCGCGGCUUGCCAAGGGCACGGGCGGGAGUACAGAAGACCCGGGGGCUGCUGUCCGCCAGGGUACCAAGUACACACCUGCUGCGUUCAGGGCCCGGGGAGGGUUGGUGCCCGUGGCCCCAGCGCUGCGUGCUAUGGCUUGGACCGGGUGGGCCUUGUGCCCACGGGCCCUCCGGAGCCCCCUCCCACCUACCAUGACGUGUGUUUUCCGAGGUUUGACAGCUCAGAGCAGCUCCUCCCACCCGGCGGCUCCGUGGGGGGCACUGUACUUCCUCGUCUGGUUUUUCUCGCCUGUCCUGCGUGGUGCUGUGUUCGUCCCGUCUCGCACUGUGUAAGGUAGUGUCGUUGUGUUCACAGAAAUGCGAGAGUCUCUGACUUUUACCCAAACAUUAACCUUUUAAUUGUAUUUUAACAUGGAGUUGCUGAGGUUGGAUACAAAUUUACCAGCAUUCUCCGCAACUCAUUUGGUUUUCUUCCUUUAAAAAAAAAAAAAAAAAAAAAAAAA